CAGCACAACCUUGUGUCCCUCGCGUCGAAGGUUAACUACAGUUUCCACCACAGAAGAAAGCGUCGACAGCAGUGGCUGGUGCGUUUUCUCAUGAACAAUUGAGGACGUCCCUGAAAGAACGCAGAUACAUACAUGAGCGUACGCCAGUUGAAUCUUAGUCCCAUCUCCGACCUAGUUUUAUAACAAUGGUGCAUGGGUGCUUGGCCGUGCGCGCCAUGGCUGGUCGAGUCAAGACUUUCAGAGACGCUGGCGUGAUGCCAUCAACCCCUGUCCGUCCGCAACCAUAAUGACAGAAACUGCCACCAAGCAGGACUUAGACUCGGUCGUGAAGCACAAGAAAGACGCCACUUUCUAUCUAGAACAUAUCGUAUUUCAGAUAUGCUUUUCGGUCGUCUUGUUAUCAAGGCUGUUUGAUUAGCACGUUCGAAUGAUCGGUGGAGAGCAAACUAGACAAAGUAUGCCGCGACACUAAUUACAAACAGCUCGGGAAUGGUUGCUACCAUGCUCUCCUUUCCAUCUUAUAACAUAUACGGAUCCAGCGGCCAUAUUCCUCUCGAAUUGGACUAGUAUAUCUUGGUCGGGAUUCAACGCGUUACUGCAAGUGCUCAAUCCUCCAUAAUGCCAGUGUAUGCUGAGAGCCACGCCGCACCACAUUUUCAGCUACCUCCGCAACAUCCACACUCGACUCGACGCUUUCGGGGCCUGCAUCUCCAACAGUCCGCGAUCCUUUCUCGUUGAGGGUCUUGACACCGUUCGAACCCGAUAGCAUCAAUAAGCCAGGGCCGAUGUUGUCUCCGGUCGAACUGCCCCCGUUUUUGGUCAACAUGCAUCUCCGACCCAUGGGUUUGCGCCCCGAUCCUCCUUAAAAUCUACUACGGCUUUCCCUAGGCAGUCAAAGCCACGACUGUACGCCAGCAGAGGGUACCGAUGUAGUGCUAUGUAGUGUCGUCCAGAUCUUCCGAACGAGAUUAGAUGAGAUUAUCACUGUAUCACUGCUUUGUCGGCAUCAGUAUUACCAGUGAGUACCUUGACGGACGGCAUCAAUCCUGACAGUUUCUCACUGGCAUCUACCUCCAUGUCUCCAAAGUCAACCCACCAGGCCACGAUUGAGAAGGCUUCGACUUAUUAUCUUGAACCUAUCGUGUUCUUGGUCGAGAACACGCUCUUCAAGGUUCCGCGAUAUCAAUUCGAGAACAAAUCUGGUGUCUUUGGAACAGCAUUCUCCAUUCCUUCACCUGACGGGGAAGGCUCGAGCGAUGAAAAUCCUGUCAAACUGGAAGGGAUUGCCUCCAAGGACUUUGAUGCGCUAUUAACGGUCCUCUAUCCAUUAUCCUCUCUUCCCACGACACCGGUGCUGAGCGCCGAUCAAUGGAUCUCGGUCCUGAAGCUUGCCAACAUGUGGCUAUUCGAACAAGCGCGUGAGUUGGCCAUCCGCCAGCUAGAGUCGCACAGCAAGACAGUGGAUCCCAUCCAGCGAGUUCUGCUCGGGCGACGCUAUGACGUAUCCGCCUGGAUGCGCUCGGGAUAUACCGACAUCGCCUCUCGGAAGGAAUCGAUGUCGAUGGACGAAGCGAGGGAGCUUGGACUGGAUGCAACGUGGCAGAUAUCUCAACUUCGAGAGGCCAGGGUUGCCCAGCACACAUUACUGAUCCAGCACUCCAAUCUGUACAGGAAUAUCGAUAUUGCCAAUGCAUUCGAGGCCGAGCUGAGGCGGGCGGACGAGGCGCAUCGGUCAUUGCCUCCUCCGCCGCUGGAGCUCAAGCCCGCUACCUUUGUUGUCCCGCCGACCUCGUCUUCUGUGCUGGGCCAGCCACUGACCACAUCAGAACGGCAUCCGGUCUUUGGCCAGGCCUCUUUCCCUACGGCACGAAGCCUAACGCCUAGUAGCAGAAAUAGCUCGGAUAUCGGAGGGUUCACCGCAUACACUCUGGUCGCACCGCUUGCGUUCGGACAGACACCUUUAUCCCAGGGGCCGUCGAGCUCAUCGACAGGCUGAUUACUAUUCCUUUGAAGAUAUAUAUACCGUGUAAUAGUGUUUAUUGCGGACAGCUUACAUGCUCGCCAUCAUUCUGCACGGACACGGACACUGGUAGAUCUGAUACAUUAAGAAUAUAGUUGAC